GCUGUGGGUGUUAUAGUUAGUAGCUAAUUCAAACUACUGAAUUUAAAUGCUAGUACAGAGGAAACCUGAUUAGUUGUAGAUGGUUAUUGAAUGUAAAUCGAUUUCUGUAACGCGGUUGUCGGUGUUGAGGAUUGUACAUGGUACGAUUAAUUUAUGAAAGUGGCCCUGCACUAUUUCAAAGUAAUAUCAAAAGCUAAGGAAAAAAACCAUGACAAUCUUAAAAUAUCCUGUGUUCCUAUGUAAUCUCGUUCUGGAUAAGUUUGCCAUGCUAAUUUAAGUAAAACGCGUUACUGCUGAAACAACGUGUGUUGUGUUUUUCGAACGAGUCGAGUGUUUAGUUAACGGACGCUGUGAGUGGUGAAUCAUUCCAGUCUGAUUAGCUGAAUAUGUGACACAAUGGAAGGCUAGUCAAAUGUUUUUUUUAUAUUGUUUGGUGAACCUGACAUUUGUUUUGAUGCAUGCACUUUAAUGCUUUGUUGUAUUGGGAAUGAAUGAAUUGUGACAUUGGAAAGUAACCUUCUUAUCAAAUGAAUAGAAUUUGUGCACGUCCUAUAGAUCAUUCUUUGGGCUAAACCAAGGAUUUAGAACACGUCAUAACGGGAGUGCAGAAUUUCACAUGUAGAUUUACAAAAAGCUUGAGAAUUUUCAAGUCAUAAAAUUAUCACCUAUUGUCUAUGGUUGAUUAGUACUUAACUUGCUAUAGUUGGUUUGCACCUAACCAUAUAAUAAAUAAACCUGCGUAAUUAAUACCGACUUUAUCCAUAUAUAACUGUAUUUAUUCGAAAUUUGUCCAAAUUUUUCCACCACAAAUGAUAGUAAGGAGAGCAUUAAUUCGCUUGGAAGUGGAAGUGUAGCAAAUUUCCGAAAUAAUUUCCUACAAGACACUCUGCUUUUGAUACCUGGCAUUAUUAUAAUUCUUUUGUUUGGAUGUUAUGACCGCAUUACACAUAAUCAUCUGUGCAUGCGUAAUGACGUCAUGGACCUCAAGACCUUAAUCUGCUUUGGUGAGGUCAUUUUUAGUUAACGUUGAAAGGGUGUUUUCGUCGAAUGCGCGUUGAAAUUUAUGUGUACUCCAAGGAGUGUUUUAAUUCUUGUUAUGUUUGGAUGUGAGGGCUGUACUAAACUGUACUUUCAGUACCUGAGAAGGUCGCAUGUGACCUUCGUCCUGCGAAGAAGUUUAAAUUUUUGUGCCUACGUAUCGGGAAAAUGAGUUCGAAGCUCAGUUAUUUGGUUUCUCUCAAGUAACAGCGAAUUUUUGCAUAGGAUUCAGUGCAAAAAAAUUUGUUGCAUCUUCAUCAACAAUUUACGACGUAUGAUUUCGGACUGACCCCGCGUUCACUUGAGCCCUCCUUGGUUUGAAGGAUGUAUUUUUCUGACUGCCAGUAUAAUUCCUACCACCCUUAGCUGUACAUCGGAUGGACCUGUCUGGGAACUGUUAUCCAUCACAUAUGAAGUUUCGGCUUCGUCACUUUUGCUUGCUUGUUUGUUUUAAUACCCUUGACACCGAUAUAUAUUUUAUUUAAAUUAUAGCCUGCUGUAAUAAGGUAACAAGUUUUGAGAACGUGAUCCAUCAUAUCGCGCUGAUGGGUUGAAAUUCUUUCUGCGGUCAUCCACCACGUGCGGUUCUGGGGUUUGAAGUGGAGCCAUUUGCGGAGGGGCGACUGUCUUGACGCUGGCAGUGGAAGGGCAGGGGGGGAUACUUUGGCAACAUUACUGAGAUGAUGGAGUGGGAAGGACGAGGGGAAGUGUAUUAAAAUAGGAAGACAGGAGAAAAGUAGAUGGAUUGUGAAGGGGGGGGUAAGGAACAGUGGGUCUUGGAAGAGAGAGGGGUUGGAGUCAGCGUAAAGGAGCAAUGCAUAGAAGAAGUUCUUGGAAUAAGCUGUGCGCUUUUUUAGACCUCAUACCGUACGGCCAAGUGGAAAAGAAAACAGAAAGCUACGUGUGACAUGUAGAACGCAGACAAAGGUCCGGUGAGAUGAAUGUUAACCGGCUGAGGAUUUGUGUGUGUGUUUUCGAGUGAAAUUGUGCGGAAUUCGAAAGAGAGAGAAAAUAAAAAUAAACGUCCGUUUUUCAGGAUUAACUUUGAAUUAUGUAACUUUGUCAAGCGAUCAUAUAUUUUUUGAGGGGGAUCUUGUUGUAAGGUGGGGGUGCGAACGAAAGAUAAAGGAUGAGAAUCAGAAACUACGUCAUACAGUUACGUCACAUACACGUGUGAUGACGUAAACGUUUUGAAGGUGAUUGAUAGAAGUGGACCAAAAUAAAGCACGAAUAAUUUUUACGUUUCGAACGGUGUGUCUUUUCCGAUGCGCGACCUGUUUUCAGCUACUGAGCUACUCAGAAAUGAGGUACACAAAAUGUCUUAACGGAGUUUAAGUACGUUACGUUGAGCCAGGUGUUUGGGAUGACCAUGGUUUAAAUCGCUGAACGUGCGAUCUGCUGACAGCGAGUAUGGACUGCUUUAAAAUUGAAUUGUGUGUUGUUUUAACGUGGAGUGCUGUUCGUUCAGGGUGCGCGAAUAUUAAACACGACGAAAUUCGGCGAAGAGAAGUGCAGAUGAACGGCUGGUAGACUAAGACGAAGGGGCUGUAAUGAGGAUUUAGUGGGCAGGUUGGCAGAGACUUUGCAACAGAUGUUGGACGACCCUGAGGAAGUGGCGCCCAGUAGGUGCAGUACGUUCCUGCAUUACACGUGGAAGAUAUUCACGUGUAUCUUCUCGCACGUAAUUCUUGUCUCGCUUGUCGUGUCCUAUUGCAUCAUGGGAGCCUUUACGUUUCAGAGUCUGGAGAAAAAUAACGAAAUCAAGGUGAAGCGUAAUAUCAGCAGAAUACGAUUGAAUGUGACGGAGGAUCUGUGGCACCUUUUUCAAGCGACCGAUGUGCUGAUAGAAGGCAACUGGACGGCCAUGGUCAGUGACCGGCUGAAGGCGUUCGAACAGGAUCUGCUGAGGUCCAUGAGGUCAGACGGCUGGGAUGGAGCAGAGGAGGAGGAAGCCGUUCAGUGGUCAUUUGCUGGAGCUCUUUUCUACUCCAUCAUCGUAAUCACCACCAUCGGUUAUGGACACAUCGCUCCUAAGACGCAAUGGGGGAAGGUAGUGACGAUAUUUUACGCCAUCCUGGGGAUUCCCCUGAUGCUGCUGUGUCUCUCCAAUAUCGGAGACAUCAUGGCUCAGUCGUUCCGCUUCUUAUACUGGAGAGUGUGCUGCUAUGUAUGCACCAGGAAGCCGAAGAGACCCCCCUCCAGGCGGGGGCGAAGUGUCCGUAGCUCGGCACGACAGUUAGGAUCAAGAUAUUCCGGUAGGUCCAGGACAGCGUCUUUCCGACGGUCGGCUCGCACUUCACAGCGGUCGGCGGACAGCGCCUUGGGUCUGUCGGAGUGUCGCUCUUCGUACUCGGACACAGACUGCAGGUACUUCGACAACGGAGACCGAGAUUUGUCGACGAUGGGGCGCGGGUUGCAGGGCAACAGGGCGUCUCAGUACUCUCGCUUCUCCGACACCGCGCUGCAGGUACCCAGCCACGGCGGGGUUACCCUGGACACAGGUGUUGGUGGUGACAGCGAAAACCUCCAGGAUACCACAGCCGUGCCGGUUCUGUCCAACAAAUAUGCCAUAGAACGUGAGGAGGCGGGUGUCAUCGGUGUGCCCAGAGGCGUUAACUCGUCCUCAGCAAAGAACGACUCUACGGCGGACAGAGAUGGAGGCAGACAGCAACACCAUCUGGCGGUUGACAUGGCGUCCUCAUCACUGCCUCCCUCACCAACAGCGCUUACGAGAGAUUCUCAAAAAAGCAGUCUUCGUAGUAGAGGUGGUUACAUGGGGUCGUAUCCCGGCAGCGGGCAUCACCGAUACACCGGGCCUUCGCCUUGCCGUCCCAGGAUCAUGUCGCCGAUGGGCUUCGCCAUCACCCGACAGCAGUCUCAGCGACAGCCCAGGCCCCAUCGCCUCUCCAGACUAAGGGAAGACCCUGACUUUGACGACUCCGUCGAUUAUUUCGUCGAUUAUGAUUAUUAUUAUUACAGUGGCGUGCAACCGAGCAGGUCGAAACCCGUCCCGAUUUGGCUGUGCGUCUUUCUCGUCGUUACCUACAUCCUCUGUGGAGCGAUUUUGUUUAUGAAAUGGGAGAAAUGGUCUUUUCUUGAUUCUGCUUAUUUCUGUUUCAUAACGUUGACUACGAUUGGAUUUGGUGAUUUUGUACCUGCGAAGCGAGUUCAGAACAAAGAUGCCACCGUCAGCAUUGCUCUGUGUUCUUUGUAUCUGCUCUUCGGAAUUGCUUUGCUUGCGAUGAGUUUUAACCUGGUACAGGAAGAGGUUAUUAACAAUGUGAAAUCCGUCGCUAAGAGACUGGGUAUUGUCAAAGAAGACGAAGAAGAUGAAGGGUAGAGAAGCAGAAAUCUUCGUCGACUCUUGUCCGUCCUUUCCACUGUUCGCGUUGUUUACUACCCGAAGUGUAAAAUGAACGUCAAGAUUCAGCGGGAAAUUUUAUUUCUUCUUCUUCAUAUCUUCGACUCUUUCCUCGUUCUUAUGCCUUCCUUCGUUGUUUCCCAUUCUUUACACCUGUUCGUUUUAUCGCCACACAUCUCCCCAUUUCAUCCUUUAUCUGUUUCGUCCGUUUACCUCUCUCCGUGAAAACCUCGUCUUUACAGAAGAAGAAGAAUAAGCAAAAACGAUGGAAUUUUGAAUUGUGUAUUAGAAAAUGCUGAAGUUAUUGAUUUUUAAGUUUAGGACAUAAUUUAGAGGUUUCUACUGUUGGGGGGUAAAUUUUGACGACUUUAAGUGGUGGUAAAUUUUGAUGAGUUUAAAUCGGGAGGGCUGCAUGAGAAGCAUGCAGUGGUAACUUGGAACUUGCGAACCAUCUCAGCAUUUGCGUGAAGACAGAGAAAAACCAAGAAGAAGAAGCAAGUUGCCUGCCUCUUACGUAAUUCCAGUGUUUUCUAUGACGUCCGCUCCCAUAUCAAUAUGUCACGCAAAGUUGGGAGUCUUCACGGUUGUCUACGGAAAUUCGGAAUCUACACGGCGCCCCAUUCAGGCAGGAGUCCCCCAAGGCAGCCUGUUAGGGCCAGUUUUAUUCAAUAUUUAUAUAAAUGAUUUACCAACCAUAGAAAAUGAUAAUAAUGUGGCCGUCUCGAUUUACGCGGAUGAUACGAGCGUCACUGCUCGAUCAGGCAGCGUACAGUUGGCGGCAAAUAAACUGAAUAAAGCCAUUACAACUUUCGAGCCUUGGUUUGAAAAAUGGAGGAUUAAGAUUAACGUUCAUAAAUGCGCGGUGACAUUAUUCUCUAAACGGCUGUCGCACCUCCGCAGCGAAGUACCUCCCCUGAAGAUCUUUGGAGCAACCAUCCCCCGGGUAAAUGAAGCCAAAUACCUUGGCGUCAUCCUGGACCGCAAACUCACCUACAGAUCACACAUAAGUAAAGCAGUGUGCAGAGCCAACCAUAGGCUUAGCCAACUCUACCCAAUCCUUAACAAGUCCUCCUCCAUCAACAUCAACCUAGCACUUACAAUCUAUAAGACACUCCUCCGCCCAA